AUUAAUUUUAUGAACCGGAUCGUCAAUUUGUUUCUAAUAUCCUACACUAGCUAGCUAACACAUUUGUCAGUUACCAUGUCUUAGUCUUAGUCACGUUAGCUUAAUGCCGUUAGCAUAAUGCUAAUGCCGUUAUGAGGAACUCAAAUCCCUGUUAGAUUUCUGUACGGUUAGCUAACGUUAGCCAAUUUCAAUGCAUUUUUGAAACACUGUUAAUGCUGGGGUUAGUAAUGCCAAUGGCCAAUGUACAAAUUAAUUAUGACGGCCAAAUUACCUUGUAUUUUAGCUCACUACUUAGAUAGCUAAGUUACUAGUUAGUCAUUCGUAACUAGUCGUAUAUUUCGGCCAGAAUAUCCCACACUUCCAUUCAUGUUGAAAUUAUAAAUGAGCAACCAACCAAUUUCAAUGCAUUUAUGAAACCUCUAAAACCAAAUCAUUGUUUUCAUUAACUCAACUAACUUAAAUCAAGCUGAGAAAUGUUAAAAUGCAAAUAAAUAAACCAACAUUAGCAUAAUUAGCUCUAGUAGCCUGCUAGGCGCUAGCUGAGGCUAACCAUUGACUUGAGUAAGAACAUGCUCAUUUAUGUCAUAAAUACUGUUGGUGCUUGUCUAAGGCAUGUCUGUGUUUUUUAUCUGUUUUUAUUUAUUUAUUUUUAUUUAUUUAUUGUAUACAUAUUUAUUUUAUGUAUGACUUAGAUUGACUUUAAUCUGGGUUGUCAUGUUAUAUCAGCAAUAUUUAACUACUGUAAUCUACUUCUGUAAUUACUUUUUUUUUUAAACGCUGCAACAUUAAACUUACUACAAGUUAGUCUUAUUGUUUCCUCUCCUAGACAACAGAACAUCGAUCAUCUCCUCUGUGGUUGACCCUUACUGCUGGUGAAUUAUUGCUGACUCUGAGCUGUGAGUUGAUUCAUUUCUGAUUCAUUAUGAUUUUGCUAUAGCUCAACUGACGUUACAUUGGUUUACAGUUUAGACCACCUUCCACCACAAUAUUUUGUUUCUACAAGAAUUACAUCUUUGUCUUGCAUCCUCAACAAUAAAUUACCCAAUCACGACAACAAUGUGUUCUACAGUCAAAUUAAAUGUGACUCAUGGUUUUCAGAGAAGAAAUUAAACUUAAACUAAUUUAUUUCAACCAACUCAUAUGGGUAGAAGGUGCACCUGUGUUUAAGGAGGAUGACGAUAAGACUGUUUCGGAUUUGUGUCUAAAUACAUCACAAGUGCAAUCUGGCUCCAGAAUCUGAAGUGGAAAGGUUGGAAUGUAUCAAAGAACUGGAGGCAAGAGAGCCAGAUCAUGAAAAUGUUCAAGAAAAUAUUCCAGAAUACACUAAUCAAGCUAAUGCUGCAACAGAAGCCAGAGCCAUCAGAGAGCCUCCGACCUUUGACCCCACACUUCUACGGCAAAUGUAUCACCUGAACCAGAAACAAGCAUGUGUGUUCUAUGCAGUUAGAGACUGGUGCGUAAAGCGUGUCUGUGGCCUAAAUCCUGAGCAGUUUUUCUUUUACAUCAAUGGUGGUGCUGGAACAGGAAAGUCACAUCUUAUUAAAUGCAUCUACUCAGAAGCAUCUAAGAUACUGUGCAAACUGCCUAGCCAUUCUGAGGAGGAGGUCCUAUUGACAGCUUUCACUGGAACUGCAGCCUUUAAUAUAUCAGGAUCAAGACUGCACUCUUUGCUCAAGCUUCCACGAAGUCUGAAACCUCCAUUUCAAGGACUUGGUAACCAACUGGAUGAAGUCCGAUCAGAACUUUUAAAUUCUGAAAUCCUCAUCAUUGAUGAAGUGUCCAUGGUGUCAAAACCCCUGUUUGCUUAUGUGGAUGCAAGACUGAAACAGAUCAAAGGUAGUCCCAAACCCUUUGGAGGAAUGUCAGUAAUAGCUGUUGGAGACUUUUAUCAGCUACCACCAAUGCGACAGUCCAAGACCCUCUGUGUGUACGAGCCAUGUGAGAUUGAUCUAUGGCAGGAACACUUUCAGACAAUCACCCUGACUGAGAUUAUGCGGCAGAAGGAUGAUGUUGCCUUUGCAGAGAUGUUGAACCGGAUCUGUGUGAAAGGAAAGUCAGGUGAGUUGUCUCAAGCAGAUAGAGCCUUGUUGUCACAGACCAUCACUGAACCAUCACUUUGUCCACCUGAUGUCCUGCACAUCUUUGCAACUAAUAAACAGGUCGAUUCACACAACUCAGUAACAUUAGCUCUGCUCCAUUCUAAUAUCACCAAGAUCGAUGCAGAUGACUACAAGAAGGACCCACGAACUGGAAGAAUGGCUCGUCAAGCCCAACCAUACAAAGGAACUAGAAUGAGUUACCAGACACACUAAACAUAGCUGAAGGUGCUUGAGUCAUGCUCACCAGAAACAUACACGUGUCUCAGGGAUUGGUGAAUGGAUCGUUUGCUACACUAGUCAGGGUAAUAACCUCAGUACAGAGUGGUGUUGCACAUGUUACUAUGCUUGGGCUCAAGAUGGAUGAUCAAACUGCUGGAAGGAAUUACCGUAAUAGAGCACCAGGCGGCCCUGAUGAUGUGGUGUACAUAGAGAGAGCAGAGGACAAUCUGAAACAGAAAGGAGUUGUACGCAGACAGUUUCCUGUUAGACUUACCUUUGCCUGUACGAUGCACAAGGUUCAGGGUAUGACAAGGACAUCAGCUGUAGUGUCACUGAAACACAUUUUUGAACCUGGCAUGGCUUACGUAGCUAUCAGUAGAGUGACCUCUCUCAGUGGACUGCAGAUGCUGGAUCUGGAUGAGAGUAAAAUCUAUGCCGACCCAGAAAUCACUGGAGCCCUCGAGACCAUGAGAGAUGUCAACUUGGACGACAUGAUGCCUCUUCUUCGUAUAACACAGACAUCGAGCAGACGUGACACUCUGACCAUUGUUCACCAUAACACGGAAGGUUUGCCAUCGCACAUCAAUGACAUCAGGAGCCAUCAUGAACUGUGUCUUACAGAUGUUUUGUGUCUCACAGAAACUCACCUUCAAGGCUCCUUUGUUGCAGAGAAUCUCCAUUUAGAGGGCUACAACCUGUUCAAACGCAACAGACACCUGUCCUACACAAAUGUUCCACAAAUAGCCAACAGAGGUGGUGGUGGAGUUGCUUUUUAUGUGAAAAGUCACGUUCAGGUGCGUGAGAAACAGUACGUACAUAAUGUGACCGAUCUUGAGGUUGUGGCUCUGAAGGUAGAAGCCCCAGUGAGAGCCUUGAUUGCAGCUGUGUACAGACCUCCAGACUACAGUGUGAGAUCAUUCCUGUCCAACCUGGGGAGCCUGCUGGACUCAUUGGAGAUCAUGGACUGUCAGCCCAUUAUUGUCUGUGGUGAUUUCAACGAGAAUCUCUUCUCCAACACUGGUAAGCCAAUCCUUGAGCUCUUCUAGUCCAGAGGAUUUGCACAAGUCAUCACUAAUGCAAUCACUUAAGAACACACUGCUGGACCUCAUUUUCAUCUCUCAACCACAACGCUGUCUCCAUUCUGGUGUAAUGAGAACUUAUUACAGUUAUCACCGCCCUUUCUACUGUGUCAUGUCCUCUAACAGUCCAUGAAGGUAUCAGCUGAGUUUUAAAAGAAAAAUAUAAUGUACUUAACUUUCAAUAAUAUUGUAUAUACAGUUAUUUCAUUCCAGUUAUCCAGAGGUGGGGGAUCCUCUGUGCAUUUAUAUCUCUCCACCACAGCAGCACCGUCAUUCUGGUACAGUAAAUACAUUUCCCUUGUCACUAUCAUGUUUUCUGUCUAUAUUCUUCCAACAGGUCUGAAAAUAAUCAUGUAAGACCAAUAGCCACUGAGAAUCAUGUAUUUUUUUUUAAACAAACCCAAUUGUUGUGAGUCUGGGAUUAUGUAACUGUUGAUGUAAAGCAGGGGUGCACAAACCUUUUUGGCUCGCAAGCUUCCAGUCUAGCCUCACCUCCUUCUGAACUGUGAGGAUCAGCUCACAGCAUCUAAGACAUGCCAAAGACUGCAGCACCAACUGAACUGUCAAUCAACCGAGGACCCA